AAUAGAUUGUUCCUUGAUUUGAGUUUCUCUGAUGUUUCCUCCUGAAUAGAUUCAAGUUAUGCAUCUUUGGCAGGAGUAUCACAGAAGUAAUGCUGUGUUCUUCUCAGUGCAUCCUAUCAAGUGGCACAGGAUUUUGAUUUGUCCCAUUAUUGGUGGUGUUGACUUUGGUCAGUUGAUUAAGGUGUGGUGUUAGUCAGGUUUUUCCACUGUAAAGUUAUUUUUUUCCUGUGGUAGUUAGUAUGUGUUUUGUGAGAAGAUACUUUGAGACUAUGUAAAUUUCCUAUUCUUUAAACUUUUACCCUUCUCACUCUCCUAUACUCCUCACCUCCUGGCCCCCCCACAGGAAUGCCCUUCUCAGCCCUCCAGGCUUCCAGCACUGCUCUUGGCUGCCCCCUGUGGAGACGUUCUUCUUAAACCACACUGGGCUACCCUCCUGCAUAGACACCAUCUCCACCCAAUUUAUGCUCUGACAACAGACACGGGGCUACUGCCACCACCUGCCCAAUGUGGAUGCCCUCUUCGCCUUCCAGGGGCUUCCAUACCUAGGCAGCUACCCUUCCCUGCAGAUGCCGUUUCAUUGCUCCCUCGCUCCGACACCCCAUAUGCUGGGCUGUCCUCACUGUUCUUGUGCUCUGAUGCUCUAGGCUGGGCUGCCUGUCAUAGUGGAUGCUCUCACCCUGCUCAGACUCUGACACCUCCUUUCUGGAUGCCCUCCUAUCUCUCAGGCCCUAAUACCCCAUGCUGAGUUCUCUCCUGCACAGAUGCCUUCCUCAUCCUGCUCUCAUGAGCACUCUCUUCCACCUGGAUGGUCUCUGAUACCACCCUUAGGCUGCUGCCCCACCUUCUCUCAGCACAAUUGCCCGACUUGUUUAGCCUCACCCAGUGGCUUUGCUGGUGUAGUGAUUAAACACUUGGCUGCUAACUGAAUGGCCCGUGGUUCGAACCUACCAGCCCUUCUGCAAGAGAAAGAUGUGGCAGUCUGCUUCCCUAAAGAUUACAGCCUUGGAAACCCUAUUGGACACUUCUGCUCUGUCCUAUACGGUCGGUGUGAGUUGGAAUCGACUUGAAGGCAACGGGUUUUUUUGUUUUGUUUUGUUUAAUGGCUUUGUACCCAAUGGUAGAGCAGAAAAUGCAUCAGACGCAGAUUUAUGGCUCCUGAAUAGUUGUACUGUAAAAAACCCAGCUGAAGACCACUUUAGGAACUCAAUUAAAAAAGCUCAAGAGGAGAACAAGAAAGUAGUGCUAGCUGGUUGUGUUCCUCAAGCCCAGCCUCGUCAGGACUACUUUAAAGGACUGAGUAUCAUAGGGGUUCAACAGAUAGAUCGUGUGGUUGAAGUUGUGGAGGAAACAAUUAAAGGUCACUCUGUGAGACUGCUGGGUCAGAAAAAGGAUAAUGGAAAACGGUUGGGGGGAGCACGAUUGGAUUUGCCAAAGAUUAGGAAGAAUCCACUGAUAGAAAUCAUUUCCAUCAAUACUGGGUGUCUCAAUGCUUGCACCUACUGCAAAACUAAACACGCCAGAGGAAAUUUGGCCAGUUAUCCAACUGAUGAACUAGUAGAUAGAGCCAAACAGUCUUUUCAAGAGGGUGUUUGUGAGAUAUGGUUGACCAGUGAAGACACGGGGGCUUAUGGCAGAGAUAUUGGCACCAAUCUCCCCACACUACUGUGGAAGCUGGUUGAAGUGAUUCCUGAGGGAGCGAUGCUGAGGCUGGGCAUGACAAAUCCACCCUAUAUUUUAGAGCAUCUGGAGGAAAUGGCAAAAAUCCUUAAUCACCCCAGAGUCUAUGCCUUUCUGCACAUACCAGUCCAAUCUGCCUCUGACACUGUGCUCAUGGAAAUGAAAAGAGAAUACUGUGUGGCUGACUUCAAAAGAGUAGUGGAUUUUCUGAAAGAGAAAGUUCCUGGAAUAACUAUUGCUACAGACAUCAUCUGUGGUUUUCCUGGAGAAACAGAUCAAGAUUUUCAGGAAACAGUGAAACUUGUUGAAGAGUACAAAUUUCCAAGCCUCUUUAUUAACCAGUUUUAUCCAAGACCAGGAACUCCUGCUGCAAAAAUGGAACAAGUUCCAGCACAAGUGAAAAAGCAAAGAACGAAAGAUCUUUCUCGGGUAUUUCAUUCUUAUAAUCCAUAUGAUCACAAGAUUGGUGAAAGACAACAAGUGUUAGUAACAGAAGAGUCUUUUGAUUCCAAGUUUUAUGUUGCACACAAUCGAUUCUAUGAGCAGGUAUUAGUGCCAAAGAACCCUUCACUCAUGGGGAAAAUGGUCAAAGUGGACAUUUAUGAAUCAGGAAAGCAUUUUAUGAAAGGGCAGCCAGUAUCAGAUGCCAAAGUCUACAUGCCAUCCAUCAUCAAACCAUUAGCAAAGGGAGAAGUCUCAGGUUUAACAGAGGAAUUCAGAAAUAGGUGUGGGAAUCACUUGAGUUCACUCUCCCACACCUCUGCUGCCAUUGAGCGAGGUUUGGUGAGUUCCAGGACAGUGCCGCAGAUGCAGAGGCUACAGGAAGACUGCGCACUGAAGAUCUCUGUGGGCCUGGCUCUGCUGGCUCUUCUUUUUGCUUUUUUUGUUAAGGUCUUUAAUUAGAACACAACUGAAUGAAGUGCCUGAGAAGAAGAAUAACUUUCUAAUUAAAAUUCUCAUUGAGCAGGAAAGCAGCCACAUCAGCUCUCAAAGGGCAAUAAUUUGUACUGGUCCCACUGCCUCCUCUUCAGCCACACUUUUUAAUGAGGCUCACCCUGUCUCACAUUGAGCUGGACCCAUUGGUUAUUUGACCUAAAACCUAAUAGCAGCUGCCAUGGCAUAUCUUUUCAAUUAAGCUCAUUUUGAUUUAUUUUUAGCAAGAAAGUGCAAGUAGUUGCUUUUUUUUUUUUUAAUCUC